AUAACUGCAGACUCCCUGUUGGGUGUGUACAAAGGUUACACUUUUAAGUAUUUUAACUGUAGUACCCGGAAAAUUAUACGAUCCAACCUUCCAAAAUGUCUAAAAUAAUCGUUGAAAAUCCAGUGGUGGAAAUGCAAGGAGAUGAGAUGACAAGGAUUAUAUGGGAUCUGAUAAAGGAGAAAUUGAUUUUACCUUACGUUGAUGUUAAAAUUGAGUUUUUCGAUCUCGGGAUUGAGAGUCGCGAUGCAACAAAUGAUGAAAUAACUAUACAAGCAGCAGAAGCUAUAAGAAAAUGCAAUGUUGGCAUUAAGUGUGCAACUAUCACACCAGAUGAGAAGAGAGUCGAAGAAUUUAAACUGAAGAAAAUGUGGAAGUCGCCCAAUGGCACAAUAAGAAAUAUCCUGGGAGGGACUGUUUUUAGAGAACCUAUUCUAUGCAAGAAUAUUCCCCGGCUUGUAAAAGGGUGGGAAAAACCUAUAAUCAUAGGACGUCAUGCACAUGCUGAUCAGUACAAGGCAACCGACUUUGUUGUGCCAGGCUCAGGCAACCUGGAACUUGUAUAUAAACCUGCCAAUGGAGGAGAGCCAAUUAUUUAUCAGAUACACAACUAUAAGGAUGGGGGUGGUGUUGCUAUGGGAAUGUACAAUACUGAUGAAUCAAUAAGAGGCUUUGCUCACAGUUCAUUUCAAUUUGCAUUGCAAAGAAAAUACCCAAUAUACAUGAGCACUAAGAAUACAAUCCUCAAGAAAUAUGAUGGGCGAUUUAAAGACAUUUUCCAAGAAAUAUAUGAAAGUGAUUACAAAUCAAAAUUCGAAGCUGCAAGCCUCUGGUAUGAACAUCGACUGAUUGAUGAUAUGGUGGCAUAUGCUCUAAAAAGCGAGGGAGGCUUUGUCUGGGCCUGUAAGAACUAUGACGGAGAUGUUCAGUCAGAUUCUGUAGCACAGGGUUAUGGUUCGCUGGGACUUAUGACCAGUGUUCUGGUGUGUCCAGAUGGUAAAACUGUUGAGUCGGAAGCAGCACAUGGCACGGUAACACGUCACUACCGUCUACACCAACAGGGAAAGGAAACGUCAACUAAUCCUGUGGCAUCUAUUUUUGCAUGGACAAGAGGCUUAGAUCAUCGUGGUAAGCUUGAUGGUAACAAAGCAUUGAGAAGUUUCUGUUCAACCUUGGAAGAAGCCUGCAUUGAGACCAUUGAAUCGGGUUUCAUGACAAAAGACUUAGCUGGAUGCAUCAAGGGAAUACAGAAUGUAGUCCGUUCCGACUAUCUCAACACUUUUGAAUUUUUAGACAAAAUAUCAUCAGCCUUAAAAAAUAAGCUGGCCAAAAGUAACUUGUAGUCUGGGAUUUUUAACACAAAAGCUCUAUUAGUUAAACUGUAUGCUUUAGCUUUUAGUCUGAAAUGAAAAUUUUAUAUGGACGUAUUAUGGCAAUAUGAAUCAAAAUUCAAUAUAUCAAAUGUUUUAAAUAAAUCAACUAC